GCAUAAUUUUAUAGUUAACCUAAAAUCUUGACAUUUUAAGUACGGCAUUGUGUAAAUGUGAAUGGACGAUUAACGCCAAACAAAGUCCACAAACUUUUGUUUAAACGUUAUUUUAAAGUUAUUAACAAAUUGAUUAUUAAGGUGAAAACAAAAAUUAAAUUAAAAAGUAACGGGUAGGAAAAGCAUAAAAUUGACAGAAAUAACAGUAUUGGGUUAUAUCGUGUCGCGGUAUUUCUAAACGCGGGUUGGUUCUUUACCCUCCCCUCCCCUCCUAUCUUGUGAAUCCCUUCCGAAAAUCGCGCAGCAUCCUUGCGCGCGAAACACGCGUAUGCCGGUGGACGCACAUUGUGUGCCUGUACUUCGAUGUACAUACUUGUGUAUAGUGUAUUUUAAGCUUUAGUUUUACGGGAUGUAUGUGUGAAAAAACGAAUCGUAUAUAAUAAUCGUAAAAAGAUUAAAUAGUAUAAAAAGAAACGAAAGUUAUUUGUCAAUUGAUUGUGAGUAUAGUCAUCACAGUUAGACGUGAAACUUGUACGUACAUAAAUCGAAAAAAGAACAUUAUCAUUAUACUUGCCAUUGGUUUGGGGAAAAGAAUUUGUAGUAUUAACGACAAUACAAAGAAUAUAAUUUUGUGAAUCUUUCGCUUCCUCCCCUCUACUUUCCUACCCCUAAUUCCCUCUCGCCCGUUGAUGAACAAGCAGUUGUCGUUUUUUGCAUGUUUCACUUUUUUUCUCCGGCAUCCCUUCAGUUUCGUUCAUCCGUCGCAGAAACGGUUGUGCCGUUUAAUAAAACUCGAGAAGUCGUAUAGUCUAAGUUAAGUCCAUUCGACAAUUCUCUUUGUGUUCUUGUUUUCCGUGUCCGACAGUGUUGUCAAAAUUCCGGCAGCACCGUUGUCUCAGCUGCCAUUGCUGUACUGUCUGGCGUUCAAUCGUAGCUUCAUAAAUACGAUUCUCUAGUGAUUAUUCUCGUUAUCAUCAUCUUUCUCAUCGUUGUGAAAAUAAUGAAGAUAUCACAUUGUUAAGAAUUACACGUAGAACAUGCUCGCAGAACAGACAUAGCGGAUGAUUCUACCUUCAGCUCCAGACGCCGGUUCUGAGUGAGCUAACCUUCACAAAGUGAGGGUACUCUUAUCUGUUUGAUCAUCGUUCAUCGAGCCUGAAGCAGUGCUACAAAUUGAUGACAGAACGAUGAAGUGGCUCGGUGCGAGUAGCGCUGGUGCUGCGGGUGAACCGGCACCUUCUAUGCAAUUACACCACCCUUCCGCAAAUGGACAUAUACCUACGGAUGCAGAGCAAUGUGGUCAAGUAAUGGCUGGUGGUGACAGUAUGCGUAUACAACCUGGUCAAACGCAUCAAAUAGGUGUGAAUAGAACUCAAGAUGAUGCUAUGGUGGGUUAUGUAUUUCAACGACCAACAGAAGCAGAAUUUAAUGCUCAAUCUUCAACAUUUCAAACGAAACAAGCACCUCGUGCUUGGGCUCUUGCAGAUGAUGCUAUUAUUGAUAAUAAUCCAGAAAAAUGGAAAUAUCCCAUUACUAAACUGAGCGUACCACAACAGAAUCAACCUCAACAAUUGGGUCUACAAACUAUGAAUAAUGUUCAUCUACCUUAUGAAAUUCAUCCAAUGCAACUUAAAAGUGGAGCACCAGGAACCGAACAUUUAGUUUAUCUUAAUAAUCAAAUGACAGCACAACAACAAGUUGCUCUCUUUCAUCAUCAACAGCAACAACAACAGCAACAAUUCAGAAAUGGCCAGAUCGCUCCCUCGGCAAAAAAGCUUUGGGGCGUGGACGAGGGCGGCUCCAAGGACGAAGGGGGUGUAAAAGGUGGUGGGAUACUUCACCUGGGCGACCACCAGAUGUGGCGAGACUCCACCUGGAGCACCUCAGAUCAUGCCGUCUCACAGCCGAUUUCCAUGGGUACAGGAAGACGUGUGGGUGUCGGUACUGGAUACCAUCAUCAAACAUCAGAAGUUGGAACAGUUCUUAGCCCUAGAAGCAGUGAAACGGGUGGUCUGGGUGUUAAAAUGGUCGAAUAUGUUCUUGGAUCAAGUCCUACGACACCCAAAGAUUUGGAGCCCAGAAUGGUUUCCCUGAGAUUGAAUACUGAUGCAGACAAGAAAGAAAAAGAGAAGGGCUCGGCAAGCCCAUUUGACAGUUCUAAAGACGAUACAGGUCCACAAAAUAACGGAUUAGCAUCCCAGAAUGGUCUUGAUGAUGAUAAAGGAUUUAAUCGUACACCUGGGAGUCGCCAACCUUCUCCAGGCGAGGAGGAAUUUCAGAAGAACGCGGCUGCAACUCUGGCUGUGAGCGCUGGUGGUGGCGGGGUCGUACUGUUAAAACCUGGUGUCGAUGUCGUUGGAAGCGAGGAACAUUUCAUGGCCGCUUUUGCCCCAGCUCCACCGCAUCAUCUUCAACAUCAUCAAGCACCACCGACACAUCAUCUUCAACAUCCACACUCGCACGCGGCACAACUCUUUGGUGCACAGGCUCCGCCACCCCCACAGGGCCCCCCACCUUCCCAGCAACAACAACAGCAACAGGGACCCCCGCAGCCACAAGACACCACUACUCACUUUGAUGUUCAGCAAUUGUUCCGAAGUCAGCCGCAAGGAGCCACCCCGCAACAGUUACAGCUGCUGCAGCAACAGCAACAGCAGCAGCAGCAGCAAUACUUGGCCGCCUCCCAGGCGCAGCAACAACAGCAACAGCAGCAACAGCAACUUCCCACGGCACCGUACACCGUGAUCAGUGGACAAGAACCGUAUGUCGGGGCGUUGAUAGCCGGGGCACCACCUCCGGUCGUGCCACAGUAUUAUGGAGUCGCGCCAUGGGUUUACCCGGCCGGAUUGUUGCCUCAGGCACCUCCACAAGCUGCCGCUCCACCGCCACCUAGGAGACCGCUUACACCAUCCUCGGCCGCAGCCGCGGCAGCUGUCGCUCAAGACACUGCAAAUAAUUUGGCCCAGAGCGUUCAAGGCCAGUAUCAGGUAAUACCGGCGUAUUACGAUCAAAAUGGAUCCAUCGUGAUGGGCGGGGUGCGGGGGUUAAGCUCAGCCGCGACCCCCAUGAGAUUAGUCAGUCCGGCGCCUGUUUUGGUAAACAGAGCCCCGUCACAACCACCACCCGGACCACCGGCUCCACCACCACCGAGCCUAUAUUCUCAACCGACUCCCACGUCCCACAGUAACGCGACACCCGGAGAAUGUUUGGGUCUGGCGGCGUGCAGUGCAGCAGCAGUGGUUGCACAGGCUCAAGCAGUCGCGGUGCAGCAGGCACAGCAACAAGGAUCAGGACUAGCCGCAGGUUUAGCGGCGCUAGGAUAUGGCGGCUCCCCUCUGGGGGCGUUGGGCUCGCCCGCUCAGCUUCAGAGCACAGGUUUAGGCCUUGGCGCUUCUUCAACCGCGCGAAGAGAUUCCUUCGAUAGAAAUACAUCUGCUUUCAGUCCUAGUUUAGAAUACAGCCGCGCCAAGUGGCCGCAGAGUUACGGAGCCUUAGGCACGGUAACAGCAUCGCCAAGCCCGUUGGGAUUAUCCUUAACACCACCGCCAACUUUGGGAGGAUCUUUAGGGGGGCUCGUCGGUGGGGCAAGCCGUGUAUCCGCUGCCCCGGGCGCCGAGGCCAAAUUCCGGGCUAGCGCAGUUCCAGCUUUAACGGCCAACGGGGUUUUCGGCUCUAGUAGCUCCCUUUUCCCGAAUUUGGUCGGCAAACCUGGCCGUGGUGGUACAACCAGUAUCGGGGACAAAAAUGCCGGUGGACGAUCACGUUUGUUGGAAGACUUCAGGAAUAAUCGAUUCCCGAGUCUUCAGCUACGUGAUCUGGCCAAUCAUAUAGUUGAAUUCAGUCAAGAUCAGCACGGUUCCCGUUUUAUUCAGCAGAAAUUGGAACGUGCCUCGGCUAGCGAAAAGCAGCUUGUGUUUCAAGAAAUUCUUACCUCCGCUUAUUCAUUGAUGACCGAUGUUUUUGGAAAUUAUGUCAUUCAGAAAUUCUUUGAGUUUGGUACACCGGAACAGAAAUCCACCCUUGCCCAAAAGGUUCGGGGACACGUGCUACCCUUGGCGUUGCAAAUGUACGGUUGCAGAGUGAUUCAAAAAGCUCUCGAAUCGAUCGGGCCGGAACAACAACAAGAGAUAGUCCGAGAACUGGACGGUCAUGUUUUGAAAUGCGUUAAAGAUCAGAAUGGAAAUCACGUUGUACAAAAAUGUAUCGAAUGUGUUGAGCCACGAGCAUUACAAUUCGUAAUUGGAGCAUUCGCCGGUCAAGUUUAUUCUUUGAGUACUCAUCCAUAUGGUUGCAGAGUGAUUCAACGUAUUCUCGAACAUUGUACCCCUGAACAAACUCAGGGAAUUCUUCAAGAAUUACAUGCUGCUACCGAUCAACUUAUUCAAGAUCAAUACGGCAAUUACGUGAUCCAACAUGUACUCGAACACGGAAAGCCGGAAGAUAAAGCACAGUUGAUUAGCAGUGUUAGAGGUAAAGUACUUACUCUCUCUCAGCAUAAAUUUGCGAGUAACGUUGUUGAAAAAUGCGUGACUCAUGCUACGAGACAAGAGCGUGCUGUACUCAUUGAAGAAGUGUGCGGAUUUAAUGAUAACGCAUUGAACGUCAUGAUGAAGGAUCAGUAUGCCAAUUAUGUGGUUCAAAAAAUGAUCGAUGUAGCAGAACCAGCGCAACGUAAGGUAUUGAUGCACAAAAUCCGCCCACAUUUAGGUAGCUUGCGCAAAUACACCUAUGGCAAGCACAUCAUUGUCAAACUAGAGAAAUUCUUCAUGAAAACUGCAUCCGCGAUGGGAGUGGCAACACCUGCUGGUGCUUCGAGUGGUGGAGGUGAUCUUGGUCCUAUCGGACCGCCUGCUUCUGCUGCUGGUCCAGUAUCUACACCAGCUCAGCAGCCAACGCAGGUUUUAUAAACGUACGAAUUCGAAAAGUAAAAAUUUGAAGAUUUUUGUACGUUCAAGAAAAAACACGUACCAACAUCUACGUAAAUAUUUAUCGCAACGUAUCGCCAUUAAAAAUUUAAUGGACGAGGAAAAAAAAAAAAAGGAUGCAUUUCGAUGCACCGUUCAUCUCGUUGUCCCUUCUUGCAAGUAUAGGGCUGAAAGAAAAAGAAGACGAGCAAUUGUAUAUCCAUUUAAGACGAAAAAAAAAAAAAAAAAGAGCUACCGAGACGAUUUUUCUUAUUUUUGCAAAACCGUAAAAGAAAAAAAGAAAAAAUAAAAAGGGAAACUAACAAUUUGUACAGAACAACAAGAAUGGACAACGCGAAAAAACGGUGCAAGGAGGAAAAAAAAAAAAAAAAAUUUCAAGGUCAAAUGUGUGUCAGGAAAAAUCAACUUCUAGAAUAACGUUAGAGGUGCAGUGCAUUUUUUUUAUUAGUAAUCCAACGUGCUGCCGAGUAAUAUAUUCAUAGCAAUUUACAAUUGAAAUGUCACGAAAGUUAAGCAUUGAUAACGUUCGAGAACCGAGUUUCUUCGCAACAAUUGGAUAAAGCUUUGAGCAAUUGUAUAUGAGAAACUGUAGUGCUGAGAUGGUUGAUUGUCUUUUAAGCGCCUCUCGUUUAUCAGUGAGUUUUAGAGCAAUUCCAACGGCACGAUAGUUCCGAUAAUUUAUAAGAAUUUGGGUAAAAUUGUUAUUUAACCCGUUAAUCCGUUUUAAACUCAGCACUUUUGAAGGAGCAUAGCUCCGUUCCUCUGGUAAAUAUUUAAACGCAUACGUAAAAAAAAAAACGUAAAACAAUGGAAAGUAGGAGGAGAAGUUGGAUGAGUCAUACGGCUCGAUGUGAUUAAAGCUCGGUAAUAAUAACAGCAAAAAAAUUCAAAGAAGAAAAAAUUGUGUUUAGACAGCUAGGAUAGAUCUUAGAGCUGCAUGCAUUUAUAUCGAGUUGUAACGAAAGUGUGAUGGCCGUAAAUUUCAUGCACGAAACGUUUCGAUCGCAAGUGUACCGUACCCAUCUUUGCACGCUGAAAGUAGUAUUAUCUUUUUACGUGCGGUAUACGUUCGAUCAACGAAUCGAUAUCGGUUCAAGAUUCGAUAGAGGUUAGGAGCUACUGAUAUGUUGAUUAUAUCUAGGAUAGCGUUCGACAUGGGAAUGAAGCUGAGUAUCCCUGACCUGACCGCUAAUCUGCCCCUUGAUUGCUUCAAAUUGUUCGUGAAGGAAAAAAAGAAAAAAAANAAAAAAAAAAAGAAAAAAAAGAAGAUGGAAGAAAAAUCGAUUUUACUAUUCGUUUCUACAUUUAUAGAAAUUUCAAAGAUGAAUCAAUAUAUUAUGUAUAUGUAUGUAUUUUUUUUCUCUCUCUCUCUCUUAGAGACGGAAUUUAGCACGAGAUGAAAAGAACGAAACAAAAAGACAGAAACAAUGAGGAGAGACAUCAAGUCGUCAGCACGGUUCUCCUUUGUUCAUUUUUACGUUUGUCGCCUUUAAGCGCGAAGCAUUUUUUUUUCUACUCUUACAUCCUUCUUGUAUCCCCUUUCCCCUUGAUCCUUAUCCCUUUGCUCUCUUCCUCUUUACUCCCACUCUUGAGAUCCUCAAAUUUUGUAAAUUGUGAUAUAAAUAAAUAACAAAUAUGUGUAUAGGUAUGACGUGACAACCCUAUCGUGAGGAACCGUAAAUUCAAUGAAUAUUUUAUUUUUCACGGGAAUUCUCUCCUUUUUAACGGACUUUGUGAAUAUCGUGUAUUAUAAUAAUUACUAAUUAUAUUAAAUUUAAAUAUGAUUUACGUUCUAAUGCUGCUGACCUUCGAUCAAUAUACGUUGAUAUUCCCCUUCCUCCUCCAACCGUUUUAAAAAUGGUUUCUACCAUCUAUCGACCUCCCCUCCUCCCCUUCCCCCCCUCCCUAUUUCCAUACACAUACAGGCACACACAUUCACACAUACUUUCCAAUUGUAAAAUAUGAAGAUUUUUGACAAAGGAGACGCUCUAGAGGAAAGAAAUCGUUUAUGUUCAGAUUCAUCUAAAAAAAAAAAAAUACCCUCGACCCCUUAUAAUUUAAUCCCUUAAGAUCCCUUCUACUUCUCUUAUAAUAAUCGCAGCCAUCGCAUUGAAUCGCGAUGAUUAUUGAACGUAACUGAGACCCAUUGUACAUUGUAUAAAUGAUAACGCGUUCUUUAAAGGAAGAAAAACGUCAGGAAAUUGAUGUUCCCAAUGCGUGUGUAUCUAUAUCUUUUCGCGCCAUUUGUUUUCCUAUCCUUUUACACAUUUACAUAUUAGAAAAACAUAUUGUACACACCAAUCAUUUUUCGAUUGUAAUAUAUAUAUCACACACGACGGUUGGAAAGAGCACCUCUCAGCUGUUUUCAAUAACAUCGUACUUGUUCUUUCUUAUCGCAGUUUUACACUAAAAGAAAAAAAGAAAAAAAAGGACACACGUAGAUAUGUUUUUUUCGUAUCUUUUUUCCUCUCUGUGAUUCUGAAAAAAACCAUCCUGAUCGUUUUAACGGUUAGCUUCUGUCAUCGCUUAUUAUGCAUCACGCAUUUUGCGAUGCUUUCUCUAUGUUCCUAAAGUUUUGUAAACGCGAUAAAACUGGUCAUUGAUCGAGAUAAUCAGUUUCGUCGUGUCUUUUUCAAAAGGAUAUCAUUUGUAGGAUUAAAACAAUUUUUCAUAUACUUUCAUAUAAUUUUAAUCCUUUUGGUGGACGUUCACAUAUUAUUUGUGCGUAGAAUUUUUAUUCGUAUAGAACGCAUUCUUAAAGGGGUAGAAAAGUCGAAGAAGAUAAAUUAGAAAGACUCGUAGCUUGUUCUUCUAAGAUUUUAUUACCGAGAAAUUUCAAGAACGGAUCAGCAUUUCGAAUUAUAAAACGUUUCAUCUAAAUCAUUUCACGAGUCGUGUGUAUAUAAUUUGUACAAAAGAAAGAAGAAAAAAGAAAUUCUUUUUUCCAUUGCAGAAAGAAAAUUUCGCUAAGUUUUUAAAUUCGACGUUCGUACGCGCGACACAUUUCCCAUACAUAUUUGUAUACAUCCGAAAGAACUUCGUUGCGUGUUGCAUUCUCGUAAUCGAUAGAUAAUUAAGAUCGAGUUGUAUCUCAACUGUGUACAAUGUAUAAUAUUUUGUUAACUUAGGUGUUAAAUGUGUAGAAUUCUAAAAAAAAAAAGUGAAAAAAAUAGAGGAACAAGGAAAGAAAAGAAAGAAGGGACAACCGCAAAGCAAAUCGAGGUCCGUCGCGAUUUUGUAUAAAAAAAGAUGAUGAGAAGAAAAAAAGAAAAAGAUAAGAGCAUUAAAAAAAAAAAAUAAAUAAAUAAAGAAGAGGAGGAACAUAACCGCUUUCUUUGUAAAAUAUUGUAAAUAACGAUUUAUUAACGAAAUUGACAAAUUCUUAGGUACCCUUUCUCUCUUUCUCUUUCUUCUUUGCGAGAGGAUAAUUUAUACUAUAAUAGUGACGGGACCGGUUCAAGAAUAAGAUUGAAAAUGCGUUCAGAAGGGAAAUGCGUGAGACGCAGUACUUAUUAGAUCUUAGCGACGUCGAUUUUUUUUUUUUUUUAUUUGCUUUGCUCGUUUCGCUCCGGAUUCUCUGAGUAAUUCGAUCGAUCGGCAUUGGUACUCGUGGAGAAAAGAUGAUAACGUACGCGGGCUACCGUUUCCCUCACUCGGAUUUGAUCUUUUCGGAAAUCGCUGAGAGGAGGCUGCUCGUUUUGGAGCCGUGAUUAGGUAAAAAGAAAAAAAAAGAAAACGAAAAAAAAGGAAAAAAAAA